UGUUUUACUUCGGCAUAAGCGAGCUGCUUGUUGUCAGUUAGCUAGCUACAACAAAAUGGCUGCUGGAGCACCACUAUCGCGAGCUCACUGAACUGCAUUCAAAUAAUACUUUUGCAACAACUGAUGGUUUUCAUGGACUCCUGGGAUAUAAUUUCUGCUCCCAGAAUCGGAUAUUUCAAGAAUUCACUAUUUUGGAUUUAUUUGCUUUCGCUCUAACUAGCUAACAUUGCGUUAGCUAGGCGCAGGUCAAUGUUUCUCUUUUGCACUUUAAAAUAACGUUAGCGUCGUUCGGCUACUCGAUGUGAACUCGUUAGGAACAAGCUUAAAACUGCCUGUUUUCAGUAUUUUGCUAGUUAGCCAGCUCUUGUGUUAUGCUUUGUCGAACAUUUCUUGGGAAUAAUUGCUACUCGUCUGCACUGAUGUUUUGACUUUUUGUUAUUACUUUGGAAAUACUAUUGCAUUUGUCAACACGAAUCCUGUAGCUAUUGGAGCCAACUCCAGUUUAAUUGCUGCCCUGUCCAUUCACCGUCGGCUCCAGAAAAGAAUUUAUUCAGUGUUAGCAAGCUGUCGACUGCUGGCUGUUCACUACGACUGAAUUCCUGAUCUGUCAUUACGGGUACUGUAAGAGAAGAUAAGCGUCACUUUCUACCAUGCAACAAUUCUGUACUGAUAUCUGCCAAAAGCUCCAAAGUUUGAAAUAAAGCCGGGAGCUGAAGUGGGAGUCACGAGAAGAGAACCAUUUGAUGGAAGAAAAGAAAAAGAAAAAGCAAGAAGAAAAGAAAAAGAAGGAAGCUGCUCAGAAAAAGGCUGGCGAACAGAAAACCAAAGUGCCAGACUCUGCCAAGCCCAGCCCUCUCUCCCCUUCUAACCCCAGCGUGAGCCCACCAGCGCCCCCUGUCUGCAGCAGUGGCAAUGGCAAGCGUGCCCCCGGCGGUGCCCAGCAGCAGCAGCAGCAGCCGCCAGUCGCCAGCCCCCGCUACCCGCCCCGAGAGGUGCCCCCGCGCUUCCGCCAGCACGAGCACAAGCAGCUGCUGAAGAGGGGUCAGCCUCUGCCCGGGAGCGGCCAGACGAGGGCGCUGUCUCCCCCCCGCACGCCCAGCGCCGCCGCCUCACAAACCUGCCCUGGGACCCCGCACACAGAGCCUCCCCACCCGAGUGUCCUGGGACCCCAGUAUGAGAACCCCCCCUGGGGACCCCCACCACCCACCAAUCGGAGCGGCUGGGAUCAAGUGAUCAUCGACGAGAGCGACGCCGAGGCCUGGCCCUCCAUCUCCCGCGGCGACGGCCGCUCGGCCGCGGAGCGCCAGAGCGCGGACAGCGAGGUCGUCACGGAGACCAGGGGCGGCGCCAUGAGCAUGGCCUCCGGACCCGGCCACUUCCCCGCCCACCACAAGCCUGGCGCCAUGGCAACCAGCCAGGGCGGGGCCAGCCGGGGCUGGGGCUCUGGCCCCGCCCACUGCCCUCCCUCGGAGGGGAAGGGGGACUCCCUGCCCCCGGGAGGGAGGGGCCAACCUUGCUGGGGUUCCCCCAACCUUAACUUGAACCUGAACCCCAACGCCAACCCCUCGGCCUGGCCCGCGCUGGGACACGAGGGGGCGGGGCCGGGGGGGGGCGGCUCGGGGACGAGCAACCCGCCCCCCCCCGGCCUCUGCGGCUCGCAGCCGGGGCCCAGCGACGGCCCCCACAGAAACCUCACGGGGACCGGUGCCUGGGGGGCCACAGCACCCCCCCACGACGGCCCCCAGCCACGCCCGUCCCCAGCCACGAAUGUGUCUUUCAGCGGCGAACCUCUGAACCUUAACACUGACGGACCAAACCCCGCGAAGCAGGAGCCCCCGAGCCCCGGCCACGCCCUCCCGGGCUGGGGGGCCUCGCCCCCUCCUGGGGCCUCGCGGGUGAAUGGAGAGGGGGGCUCCGUUUGGGGCGAUGGAGACGCCACGUCCUCCGUUUCCAAGGAUUCGGGGUGGGACCCCGGCCCCGGGCACGCCCCCUCCUCCUGGGAUAGCGGCGGGUGGGGUCAGCCGCGGGGGGAGGACCGGGGCAAGCAUUCCGACCAGGCCAAAGGCUGGGAGGGGGGGGCCGGCAGCCCCCCGCGGGAGCAGCCCAACUCCUGGACCCGCCCCGGCGACGCCCCUAGCGACGCCCCGCCCAGCGAGGGCAGCAGCGACAGCCAGGAGGGCGGGCGUGGCCGGAGGGAGCGGCUCUCCCCGGAGGAGGCUCCACCCGGCCCCGGCCCCGCCCCCGUCCCCGCCCCGGACCUGGACCCCCGCGUCCUGUGCAACACGGGCUGGGGCCAGACGCCCGUCCGCCAGCACACCUCCUGGGAGACCAAGGAGGCGGCCCGUGCCUCCCAAAAGAGCGACAAGGGGACGGAGGCCUGGGGCCCGUCCUCUUCCUCCUCCUCCUCGUCCUCGUCCUGCUCUUCUUCUUCCUCCUCGUCCGCCGCUGCUCCCCUGGCCAGCCCACCUCCCGGCUCCGCCCCACGGUCUGACUCCGGGGGGAGGGCCGAAGGGGGCGGAGCCUCAUCUGGCUGGGGGGGCGUGGCUCCGACACCCGGCCAGCCCAGCUCCGGAUGGGGGGACCCGCCCCCAGGGAAGAAGGCCCCAAACGGGGGCGGAGCAGGAGGAGGAGGAGGAGGGGGGGGCUGGGGUGGCCCCCAAAACGGCGGAGGCCCCAAGAGUGGCCCGUGCUGGACCCCCGAAGAGAAGUCCGCUGGCUGGGACGAAGCCCAAGCCAAGCCCAAAACGCAGGGCUGGGGGGACGGGCCCAAGCCCCCCCACGGCUGGGGGAACGGAGGCGGAGGGGGGAGCCCCGCUCGGGGGGACUGGGGUGAGCCUGGGGAGGGGAAGAAGAGCGGACCUCCGCCCUGGGACGGCGAAGGAGGCGGCUGGAAGGAGAACCCCCGCGGCUGGAGCAAGCCGGGGACAGGAGGUGGGGGAGGAGGAGGAGAAGCAGGAGGUGGAGGAGGAGGUGCGGGUUGGGGUGACUCCCAGAGACCUGCCCCUCCCGCGCAGGGCUGGGCCAGCAAGCCCCAGGACAGCCCCAGCGGCGGGGGCGGAACUGUGGGGUCGUGGGGAGACCCCGGCGUGGGGAAGCAGUGUGGGUCGGGCUGGGGGGGCGGAGGGGGCGGAGCCAAGCGCGACCCCCCAGGAGGAGAGCCCACCGGGUGGGAGGAGCCUUCGCCCCCCUCCAUCCGCCGAAAGAUGGAGAUCGACGACGGCACGUCAGCCUGGGGGGACCCCAACACCCACCACAAGACCGUCAACCUGUGGGACCGCAACAGCCAUGUGACCCAGGGCAGCCCGGCGCCCGGCAACAGCGCCGGUGCUGGCGGGAACCCCCCGGCGCCUAGCAACAGCAGCAGGGGCGGCAACAACAAUAACAACUCCCACCAGCACCACCCGCACCACCCCCACCACCCCCCCCACAACCCCCCCGCGGUACAGGGUCACGGGCACGUUGCCCCGGCCAACGGCAGCAACACCAACGCCGGGGGCUCUGCCAGCAUGCCCCCCCCUCACCCGCACCAGCCUGGAGCCCCGCAGAGCAGACCCCCCCUGGCCAACCCGGGUUGGGGCGAGCUACCCAGCGUGCACUCCAAGGCGGAGCCCUCAUGGGGCGAGCCGGCCCCCCCCACCCCGGCUGUGGACAACGGGACCUCGGCCUGGGGCAAACCCCAGGGCAGCCCCGGGGGCUGGGGCAACGGCGGCCCUGAAUCUGCGGGGCCCUACGGCAGGGCCAGCGCACCGUCCGGGCCGCCCCCCUGCAAGCCAGCCCCCAAAUCUAUGCAAGACGGCUGGGGAGGCGGCGGGGAGGAGCCGGGCCCGGCGGGGGGGCCGUGGGAGCCGGACGACGGGGACGUGUGGAACAGUCCCGCCUCCCAGGAGAGCAGCUCCUCCUGCAGCUCCUGGGGGAACCCCCCCAAAAAGGGCCCCCAGAAGGGGAAGGUGGCCAGCAAGCAGGAUGAAGCCUGGAUCAUGAACCGUCUGAUCAAGCAGCUCACAGACAUGGGCUUCCCGAGAGACCCAGCAGAAGAGGCACUGAAAAGCAACAACAUGAACCUGGAUCAGGCAAUGAGUGCCCUGCUGGAGAAGAAGACUGAGCUGGACAAGCGGGGGAUGGGCCUCUCAGAGUACAGCAGCGGCCUGGGCAGCAAGCCCAUGAGCUGCAGGCUGCCCCCCCUCGCCAAAGAGUCCUGCUCAGACCGCGCCCCCUUCGGGGACAAGGUGCAGGGUGGGAUGUUUGUCAGUAGUGGAGCAGCACAAACCCGGGCCAUGCAGCAGCAGGCUCCGCCCCCUCAGCCGUCAGUGCCCCCCGGCUCCGCCCAGCCUAGCCUACGAGCUCAAGUGCCUCAGUUUCUCUCCCCUCAGGUUCAAGCACAGCUCUUGCAGUUUGCAGCAAAAAACAUCGGUCUGAACCCUGCACUUCUGACCUCUCCCAUAAGCCCCCAACACAUGACCCUGCUGAACCAACUUUACCAACUGCAGCUGGCAUAUCAGCGUCUACAGAUCCAGCAGCAGGUGCUGCAGGGUCAGCGCAACGUGUCCGGGCCCAUCAGACAACAAGAGCAGCAAGUUGCACGUACAAUCAAUAACAUGCAGCAGCAGAUCCAGCAGCACCAGCGGCAGCUGGCCCAGACCCUCCUGCUGAAGCAGCAGCCCCCCUCCCACCCCGGCCUGCACCCCAACGCCGGCAAGUCGGCCCUGGACAGCUUUCCACCCCACCCCCAGGCUUCGGGCCUGUCCGACCUGCAGACCAAAGAACCGCAGUCUUCACCCAACUCCUACAGCCCGUACCCACUCUCUGGACUGAACCCCAACAUGAAUGUAAACAGCAUGGAGGUGGGCGGUUUGUCCAUGAAGGAGCCCCCCCAGCCCCAGUCCCGCCUCUCGCAGUGGACCCACCCCAACGCCAUGGAGACCCUUUCCGGAAGCUCCUCCCCCCUGGAACCCAACCUCAACAAGCAUGGUGCCCUUGGCACAGGUGCAAACUUGGGCCCUCCAGGAAAACCCCCCCUGGAUGAUUCCUACAGCCCCUACAGUCUGAUGUCUGGCUCUGAGGCACCUCCCAGCCCGCUGGUGACCCCUGACAGCUGGGGUCAGGGCAAGAACGCCAACGACAAGAUCGCCAACGGGACCAACAUCAAUUGGCCUCCAGAGUUCUGUCCAGGAGUUCCCUGGAAAGGACUACAGAACAUUGACCCGGAAACGGAUCCCAACAUGACCCCAGGAAGUGUUCCCAGUGGCCCUACCAUCAACACCAACAUCCAGGAUGUGAAUCGCUAUUUGCUGCGGGACCGAAGUGGAGCUAAGCUGUCUGAUAUGAAGUCCUCCUGGUCUCCUGGGUCCGUGUCGCACCCCCAGGCCUCCCUGUCCCACGAGCUCUGGAAGGUUCCGCAGGGUCCCAGAAACGCCGCCACCCCCACCCGCCCCCCUCCUGGCCUGACCAACACCAAGCCCUCCUCCACCUGGGGGGGCGGCACGCUCGGCCUGGUGCCUGGCUGGAGCAGCUCCUACUCUGCAGGUACCACCUGGAGUACGGACAGCUCCAACAGGACCAGCAGUUGGCUGGUUCUGAGGAACCUCACACCUCAGAUCGACGGCUCGACCCUGCGGACGCUGUGCAUGCAGCACGGGCCCCUCAUCACAUUCCACCUCAACCUGACCCAGGGCAACGCCGUGGUGCGCUACAGCUCCAAGGAGGAGGCCGCCAAGGCCCAGAAGUCCCUGCACAUGUGUGUGCUGGGAAACACCACCAUCCUGGCGGAGUUUGCGGGGGAGGAGGAAGUCAACCGAUUCUUUGCACAAGGCCAGUCCCUGGCCACCACGCCCACCAGCAGCUGGCAGCCCAACCAGGGAACCAAUCAGACGCGGCUGGGGGGGGCAGGGGCGGGGCCGUCGCACGCCAUGGGCCACUGGAACAGCAGCGGGGGUGUGGCCAAGACGGGCGGAGACCUGCUGUGGGGCGGAGUCCAGCAGUACUCCAGCCUAUGGGGACCGCCCGGCGGGGAGGAUGGGCGGGUCAAUGGAAGCCCUACACCAAUCAACACGCUGCUUCCUGGGGACCUGCUGAGCGGAGAGUCCAUGUAGGAUUAUAGAGAAACCUUUUUAAAAAAA